AUGGAAGACGGCGGGAGGAGCACGCAGUGGCGCUUCGCGGCCCCGAACCCGACCUUGUCGGCCGCCGGCGAGAGGAGCAUCCAGAAGGCCCUCCUCCAGGUGCACGCCUGCCUGGACGAGCGCGGCCCGCGGCCCGUGAUCCCGCUGAGCCACGGCGACCCCUCCUCCGCACCCUCCUUCCGCACCGCGCCCGAGGCGGAGGAGGCCCUCGUCGCGGCCGUGCGCUCCGGCGAGUACAAUGGGUACCCCACCCCUGCCACCGGCCUCCCCGCUCGCAGGGCUGUUGCCGAGUAUCUGUCACGUGAUCUUCCUUACAUGAUUUCCCAUGAUGAUAUUUUCCUCACUUGUGGAGGUAGCCAAGCAAUCGAGACUGUGAUGUCUGUUUUUGGCCAAGCAGGCGUCAACAUAUUGCUGCCAAUGCCUGGCUACCCAAAACACGAAGCACAUGCUGUGUUUCAUAGGAUGGAAGUACGGCAUUAUGAUCUUCUCCCGGAGAGAGGAUGGGAGGUUGAUUUGGAAGCUGUUGAAGCUCUCGCAGAUGGGAAUACUGUUGCAAUUUUGAUUACCAACCCCAACAACCCAUGUGGUAGUGUGUAUACCUACGAACAUUUGGCCAAGAUUGCAGAUAUAGCAAGCAAGCUCGGUAUUUUAGUCAUUGCUGAUGAAGUAUAUGGUCACCUUGUCUAUGGUACCACACCUUUUGUGCCAAUGGGUGUUUUUGGAGAGACUGUUCCGGUAAUCACUUUGGGAGCUAUAUCAAAGAGAUGGGCUGUACCUGGCUGGAGGCUUGGUUGGAUAGCAACUUGUGACCCUAAAGGCAUUCUGAGAAAAACUAAGGUUGUUGAUUCACUCAGAAGCUUCAUAAGUAUAAUAUCAGGUCCUGCAACAUUUCUUCAGGGAGCUAUUCCUCAUAUUAUCAAGAACACAAAUGAUGAAUUCUAUAACAACAUUGUCAAGCUGUUGAAGGAGACUGCAGAUAUAUGCUAUGAUGCCAUAAACGAAAUCAAGUGUAUUACCUGUCCCCACAAACCAGAGGGCUCAUUUUUUAUGAUGGUAAAACUGGACGUGUCACAAUUGUCAGACAUUCGUGACGACGUAGACUUCUGCAGCAAAUUGGCGAAGGAGGAAUCAGUUAUACUGUUGCCUGGGAAAUCCUUGGGCAUGAUGAACUGGUUGCGCAUCACCUUUGCUUCGGAGCCACCUACACUGAAGCAAGGGCUCGAAAGGGUGAAGUCUUUCUGCAGGAGGCAUCAGUCACAGGCCAAUUAG